CUUCACCCACAAUCCCUUGCGCGGUCACAUAAUGGCAGACGUGCAGACGCAGGAGCUGCAGUCCGCAGCGGCACAAACGCAGAUUUUACCAAAUGGAGACUCUCAUCUUCCCAAAGAAGACACGGAUCCCGUUGACGAGACCGGCAAGAAGAAGAAAAAGAAGAAGAAGAAGGGAAAAGCGGCAGCCGUAGAAAACCAUGACGGCGAAGGAGAAGCUGAUAUUGCCAAAGUGACAAAACAACUCGAUCAACAAACUUUAGAAGAGCAAGAGAAAGAGGACGAGGCUGAAGAGGAUGGCGAGGAGGGAGAUUCAACUGGAAAGAAGAAGAAAAAGAAGAAGAAAAAGAAAGGCCCCAAAGUGCAGACAGAUCCCCCAUCUAUUCCCAUCUGUGAGCUCUACACUAGUGGAGUUUAUGCCAAGGGUCAGGAAUGUGAAUAUCCUCCUGUGCAAGAUGGACGCACUGGGGCUUCGCGGACGAGCAAUGAAGAGAAGAAGUUUUUGGAUCAGGCGAAUGAGGACAUGUGGAAUGAUUUCCGACAGGCCGCCGAGGCUCACCGGCAGGUCAGGAAGUAUGUGCAGAGCUGGAUCAAACCAGGAAUGACCAUGAUCGAGAUUUGUGAGAAACUGGAGGACUGUUCCAGGAAGUUGAUCAAGGAAAACGGUCUGAACGCUGGUUUGGCUUUUCCCACCGGCUGCUCUCUGAACCACUGCGCCGCUCACUACACUCCCAACGCUGGAGAUCCCACCGUCCUCCAGUACGACGACGUCUGCAAGAUCGACUUCGGCACUCACAUUAAUGGUCGAAUCAUUGACUGUGCCUUUACUGUCACCUUCAACCCAAAGUAUGACAAGCUGCUGGAAGCUGUAAAAGAUGCCACGAAUACUGGAAUUAAGUGUGCAGGUAUUGAUGUUCGCCUGUGUGACAUUGGAGAGUCAAUUCAAGAGGUUAUGGAGUCUUACGAAGUGGAUCUCGAUGGAAAAACAUAUCAGGUAAAGCCGAUCAGGAAUCUCAAUGGCCACUCUAUUGGACAGUACAGAAUACAUGCGGGAAAGACGGUGCCCAUCGUGAAAGGAGGUGAAGCCACCAGGAUGGAGGAAGGAGAGGUUUAUGCCAUCGAGACCUUCGGCAGCACUGGGAAAGGCAUGGUUCAUGAUGAUAUGGAGUGCUCGCAUUACAUGAAAAACUUUGAAGUUGGUCAUGUGCCAAUAAGACUUCCCAGAGCUAAACACUUGCUGAAUGUGGUCAACGAGAACUUCGGCACUCUGGCUUUCUGCCGCCGCUGGCUGGAUCGCCUCGGUGAGACCAAGUAUUUAAUGGCGCUGAAGAAUCUGUGCGACCUGGGCAUCAUCGACCCCUACCCGCCUCUGUGCGACACCAAAGGCUGCUACACGGCCCAGUUUGAACACACCAUUUUGCUGAGACCCACAUGCAAAGAGGUGGUCAGCCGAGGAGACGAUUACUAGGCCUCCGCGCCACCAGUUUUUAUAAAUCUCUCCUUCGCUUUGUGUGGAAGUCAGUUUCUGCUAGGUGAGGAAAAAAUCAUGCCUUUAAAAGUCGAAGUUAUGACUUACUAAAUCUAAAUUAUUACGAGAUAAAAAAAUCUAAAUUAUGACUUUUUUUUUUUUUUUUUUUUUUUUUUUUUUAAAUAAAAGUUACAGAAAUAACAUUGUUACGCCAGUAGGUGGCGACAAACAACCAUCUAAAUGUGUUACAUUAUAAAUUCUUUAAAAUUAUCAUUCUAAUUAAACAUGAAGUCUUUGAAUUAUUGUAUUAAUUGAGAAUAAGAUUAAAAACAUGAAUUAAAAUGUUUUAAUAUAAAACAUAUAUAUUUACAAUUACAUAUUUUGUUCAUAUGCAUAUUUAUGAAGAGUUAGGAUGCAAAAACCUUCAUGACGUCUGAAAUUUUAUUCUAAAAUGAACUUUUUUUUUCGGCCUCCGAUGUUUUUUGUUCUGAUAUUUCCUAUUAAAAGAAAUGCCAUAAAAGUGAAAUUGCGGAACCUACUCAUUUUAGAAGAAAAUUUGAGACACUCUAAACCUCAUAUAUACAUCUAUAUGUAUGCAUAUGUGUAUAUAAUUGUAAAUUCAUAUUUAUUUUGAAUUCAUAUUUUAAUCAAAUUUUCAGUUAAAGAAUUCAUUUCAUUAGAUUAGUUAUUUUUAAAGACUGAAGUCACACUUAGACAGUUGUUUGUUGCCACCUACUGGCAUAGCAGUGUAAUUUCAGCGACAUUUGCAAGUCAUCGUUUUUAUCUCGUAAUUUAGACGGUCAUAAUUUUGACGUUUUUCUUUUUUUUUCUCACCUGGCUGAAAUGGGCUUCCCUACAACAUGAGUGUAUGAUGAUGAGGAAAGGCCCGAGUAAGUUCAUGAGCUGUGCCUUCUCAUUUUUAACAUGCUAGUAUUUGUAUUAAAGCUGGAUGGAGGUUUAAGUCCUCUAAUAAAGAUGUCCUCUUGUUUAACCAUGGUGUAACUCACUGGCACAGAUGUCUACUUAUCGCCCACCCGUUAAGUGCACUAGAACCAUUUUGUAAACAGUAUGGUGCACUUCUCUUGAUCAAUAUGAGCAGGAAAAUGUGGAGUCACAUUUGCAGAUAAUCUGGAUUAGCUGUGUUACACAUUCGCAAGCGCAUGUUUGUUUUUUUUUGUACACAAAGCUUUAUUAAACCUUGCCCUCAGAGAAAUUAGGAAAUGUUCAUGUUUUGAUUAAUCAUCUUUAAUCAAACGAUGUCCUUCUCCUUGCUAGUUGGUAUGUUUUGAUUAAAAAAGAGGUUUAGAUGUGACCGAUGGAAACUAGGCUUCAUUUCUUUGCUCAAGAACAGACUUGAAUAUAGAAGACAACCAUAGCAAAAUACUCAUGCUUUCCUCUAAGAGCUGGUGCUCAUAACAGAAGUGAUGAUAUAAACAUCUAUAUUUUGGCUUGUUUGGGUUUCAAGAUCAGCCUGUUUGAAAUCAUUCUCCCUUCUCUGAAUAAAGCACAUGUGGUGUUUUAUUUUGAAGUGCAAAUAAAAUUUCUAAGAAACUUU